AUGUUUGGCCAGAUCGCUAUUACCGCUGUCCUCGCCGUCGCAGCGUCUGCUGGCCCUUCCCUCGUGCAGCGAGCUUCCACCCCAUCUCCAAUCAACCUAGGGAUUCCAUCAACGCUUCCAGCUAACGCUUCUGGAUCCCUUGACCCCUACCUCAUCUCGUUCUCAAUCGAGCCCGCAUUUCUUGACGAGUUUUUGGGCAACAAGUCAAACCCGAAUGCGCUCACUCUCCAGCUCAUUUCGAAUAUCGAGAAGGUGACGGGUGGCAUUGCUCUUCGCCCAGGAGGAGCUACUGUGGAUGCCUCUAUCUAUGAUCCUUCUCUCGUUGGCAAUGAGGUUCGCACCUUGUCUCCCGCAGGAGCGGUCUGGCGCACAACAUGGGGGCCUUCCUUCCUCGAGUCCUUAAAUCUGCUGCCAGCAUCCUCGAAGAUUAUCAUGGACGUCAACCUACUCAACAACUCGUACGAAAUCGCGUCCAAUCAAGCUUCGGCUGCAGUCCAAGCCCUUGGAAGCAAGCUGGAUGCCAUUGAGAUCGGAAAUGAGCCCGAUGUUUUCACGCUCCAAGGUUAUAAGGACCCUUCUGAAUGGAACAUUUCAACCUAUACGCAAACAUUUGUGGAUUGGUCUCGUAACAUGACAACAGGUCUUAACCUUCCCAAGAAUUUCUUCCAGGCUGGUGGAUUCGCUACCGACCCCACGGGCAACUUCACGGUAGCCAAUUCUAUCGCAUUAGGUGUAAACAACGCGUCCACAGUCAAGUACUACUGUGAACAUAUGUAUAACUUUGGCAGCUGCACACCCGCCAUGAUCGCUGCCGCUAAAUUUGACAACGUCGUUAAUCAUCAAAACAUUACGACCUUCAUGAACAAGUAUGUCCCACAGAUCGCGGCUGCCAAAACUGCGGGCGCACCCUUCGUUGUCGGAGAAUUCAACUCUGUCGGGUGCUCGGGCAUGCAAAACGUCUCCAACACUUUCGGACAGACACUCUGGCUCGCCGAUACCUUCCUAUAUGGAGCGACGCUUAACAUAACCAGAAUGUUUGCACACCAGGGCGCCACGCUUGUUGCUCAAUCCACCGAUCAGAUCAAUACUCCCGGAUUCAGCUGGUACAACUUCGUCUACCCCUCCGAUUCUGCUCGAAACGGCCCUGCCAGGGCCACCCCAUCAUACCCCGGACUCCUUCUCGUUGCGGAAGCUAUGGGCACUUCGGCUAAGACCUCAAACAUUGCCUAUUUCCCCGUUGCUGCCCAUCCCCAACUCGCUGCCUACGUCGUUUGGGACUCCUCUGCUCGCAGCGGUGCUCCCGCUCGUGUUGUCCUACUUAACCUUGGCGCUGAGACCGGCCUCAGCGUCAACUUAUCAUCCCUAUCGCCGUCUGGCGUGAAGCGCCUCCACUCACCAACGCGCGACAACAGCGACUCGGACACAGUUACAUGGGGUGGCCAGAGCUGGACCAAGGGUACUGCCUCGGGUUCGCUCGUCAUUGAGAAGCCUCUCAGUGACGGGAGUGUCGCAAUUGGGGCUUAUGAGGCUGUCUUGGUUUACCUUGCGGGCGUGAAUGGUACCGCCACCGCCACGCCAGUUGGGACCGCUUCAACCUCGGGCUCAUCAUCCACUUCUACGUCGACUAAAUCCGGAGCCCUCGGACGGAGUCUGUCUUUGACUGCGGGAGGGGUUUCCGUUGCUUUUGUAGCAGCUCUUCAUAUUCUUUAAUGAUUUUACGAAAUAGAUUUUGUAGAUACGCAUAUGUAUCGUGCCAUUAAAAAUUUUCGCAUACC